AAUAGCCUUACUUUUUUUGUUUCUCUCGCCAUAUCUUCUCACCACACUUCCAAAACACUGAAACAGAGUGGUGGAGGGGAAGAAACAGCAGAGAAUCUGUUCAUCUUCUUUCAGUCUGUCGAAGCUGCAGAGUCGCCAACUUAGCCUUGCCGCCGUAUAAGUGCCAAUUUUCCCGCAGGUCGCCGGUGUUCUGUUGUCAAAGACUCCCCCGAUUCCUAAAGACUCCAGUCACGAUGAAGAAGCAGAAAGUUGAUGAUGAAUCAAAGGCCAAGAACGAAAACCCUAGCUCCUCCCUCCUCCUCCAUGGAUUUGUCAGCCCCAAAAUCAUAUACCCGAAUCGCCUGAAUCUCUCAUCCUACACUCCUUCAUGUCUAAUGAUGGACUACAUCGUCCACUGCAUAAACAGGUCCCUGGCCGACAACUUCUACUUCAAGCGCGCAUCUCCCAGCUACCACCCCUACAUUCUGCGCUUGUAUUUCGGCAUCCUCUUCUGGAUCCAAUGCUUGCGAGCAGGCAACAAUGUCGCUGCAAUCCCCAUCGAACACCACCAGUUCCUUACAAGCUUCCUGUCCUUCCACCCGCUCGAGACCUUACCCAUUCCCGGGCCUCUCCUGGUCCUCUUCAAAACCCUAUGCUGUUCCCAGCCAGAGAUCAAAAGCUACGGCACAGUCUACCCUCGCCUCCCAACCCAUCCGGGUCCCAAGAAGCGAAGCAAGUUCGUCUCGAAAGCCAUAGCUAACCACUUCCUUCCUAAUGUCCCGGGGGUUUUCGCACUGCUUCAUCACCUCAACUCACUCGUUAAUGCCAAGUUGGACCCCAUUUACCCUAAGCUAGGCAAGCAUUGUCCUGUUCCAGCUGAGGGGGAGUCACCGACGACAUUCGGUCACCACAUUUUCCCGGCUACUAGUGCCGAGAGAACUGAGCUUGAGAAGUGGAGUCUUGUUACCCCUGGACUCCAGUAUCCCUGUGAGGCCGAUCAGAAGCUCAACGAAGCGUUUGCUGAACGCUUCGCUAAGUUUGGCUUUCCAAAAAUGUCAGCUGACGAUGACCUCACAAACAUUUGGGCGUUUAUGGGGAUGGAACAUAAAAUGGCAUGGUUUAACCAGGUGAAGGGAGUAGCUGAAACUGCUGCUGAAUUCUUUGAUGGGUCUGGUACUCUAGCGGAUUGCAGUGUUGAUGAAGGCUUGGUCUCGAACCAGAUCGUCUGCGUGAUGUCUUCGUGUGAGGCUAAUAAGCAGAAACUGAAAAAUGUGCCUACUUGUUCUGCUGACUGGGAGUCCCUGAUGGCGCCAUUCGCAUUUAAGCUGAAGACCACAGCUCGCUCUCUUCCUCCAUUGGCGGAAGCUGCUGCUGCUUAUUCCCAGACCCACAUUCGGGUUCAUGAGGGGCAUCCCAUGUAUGGCAGUUUCGGCCAGAAGUCGAAGCAUGAUGGCCCGUUUUGGGAAAUUAGGCCGAUUGAGUCGAGUCCUGUUGACGAUUCAUCCUACUCAGCGAUUAGUUGGAUUGUGAACAAGAUGCACAAGACUAGGUAGGUAAAGGUUAGGGAUUUACAGGAGGUGUCGAUUGAAACAGUGAUGAUAGGCUUUGAGGUUAUCCUUGUAGCUCCGAAUUACUGCAAUUUACAGAGCGGUAAACUUUGUAGCGGAUUAUCUAACGUCAUCAGUCCACUUAUUAGCUUCAGGAUAAACGUGAAUGCUGCUAGAACAAGUCUAUUCAAUUGGAGGGUCGUCAAUUACAAAGAAGGUAAGAAAGGAAUAAGAAAGAUCGCCGUCUAUGAUCCCUUUGAAAGGCACACAGACAAACAUGAAAGAGCCUUACCGGCUAACGAGUGUUUGCUGCUCUUCCACCACAAUAAUAUUGUAGGAUAUCCAAAAAGAGAACAACUGUAUCAAAUAACAGAAGACCGAAGAGUUUGGACUCUUGCAAACUGCAACAUUCAGGUUUUGAUUCUUUCAAUGACUAUAAGCUUUGAACUAAACCCACAUCAAUAAUAUUCUUACGUAUUCCAUUUCCAUUGGGAACUCUAAUCUGCCUCCAGAAACAAGGGGGGAGAGAGGAGAGAGUUGGCGUUCUCUUUUCCCCUGUUUUCCCCCACUUUCCUCUGUUUUCCAAAUCCUCUCUGUAUUCUCUAGAAGAGAAGAAUGAAACAGUUGCUGGUUUCUGUAAGGUCAUUUGCACUGAAGCUAAUGAUUCUGAUGGCUUUCUUCACUCCAUCAGAUUGCUUUGACCCUUUGGAUCCAAACGGAAACAUCACAGUGACCUUCGAUGUUCUUGAUUACCCUCAAAAUGGAGGCUAUGUGGCAAGGGUGACGAUCAGAAACUUCUAUCAGUACCGCCACGUGGAGAAGCCAGGGUGGCAGAUCGGCUGGGGAUGGGCGAAUGAAGAGAUCAUCCUGAAAAUGGCAGGCGCAUACGCCACCGAUUCAGGGGACUGCAAGAACUUCGCUGCCCAGAAGCCACACUGCUGCAAGCAAAACCCUCUCAUCGCCGACCUAUGGCCCGGUGCCGAAGGAUCCACCGUCGAGGGAUGCUGCCGCAGCGGAGUGAUCUCGGCCUGGGCAAUUGAUCCUCCAUUAUCAUUCUCUGCAUUCGAAAUCACAGUUGGGAAUCUCCCAGCCAAUACCAGCCACCCACCUGCCAAUCUCACUCUCUUCGCUCCAGGGCCAGGAUACACCUGCGGCCCGGUUCAGGAUACUGAACCCACCGUAUUUCUUGAUUACGGUGGCAGAAGAAAGAUCAGAGCUUUCAGGACGAUGAAAUCAGUUUGCACUUACUCGAGCUUCCUAGCAAACAAAGCGCCCGUUUGCUGCGUAUCCCUGUCAACAUUCUACAGCCAACAGAUCACCGACUGCCCGAAAUGCAGCUGCGGAUGCAGAGACUCUGCCUCCGAUGGAGUUUCUUGUUCAAGCAGCCAGAGUUCUUCGUUGGGCGGAAAUGACGUGGAGAAGUUGCAGUGUACGGAUCACAUGUGCCCUGUUCGAAUCCACUGGCACGUGAAGAACAAUUACAUGCGAUACUGGAGGGUGAAACUCACCAUCUCGAACUACAAUCUCCAGAGGAACUACUCCGACUGGAACUUGGUAAUCCAACACCCCGGGUUUUCGAAGAAGGCGAUCACUUACAGCUUCAACACCACCACCCUCCCAACUGUUGGAAUCGAAGAUGAGGUUGCUCUGUUCUGGGGUUUACCGUACUACAACAGCGAGUUAACGGAAGCUGGUGCCGGCGGAGGAUUUGGUUCGGUGACGACGGACAUAAUUCUGGAGAAGGAUUUGGAUGAGUUCACGUUGAUGAGUGGAUGGGCGCUGCCGAGGAGGGUUUACUUCGGCGGCGAGGAAUGUCAAAUGCCGCUCCCUGAUGCAUUCCCAAUGCUGCCUAACGGUGGAUUCAGAAUCCGCCAUGAACGCCGUUACUUCUUCUUCCUCACAUUGUUGAUGAUUUGGCUAGAAUUAAGACUAUAGCUCGAUGGCUUAGUUAGGCUCCCAAGAUUUUGAUCAAAUAAGUCCCCGCCGGCCCUGUCUUUGUUUCUGGUUUCUCUUACAAUCGACGAAGGAGAAAACAGAGUAACGGUGUGACAUCCGCCAUUUUUUUGUUCCAUAAAUUUGAGGGAGGCCAAGGGGUGAUGACUGAUGUGCCACAUUCUGUACAUUUUUCUUUUAAUUUUACUUUUAGUGAGAAUACAACAAAGGAAAGAAUUCUAGAUGUAUACAUGAAUGGAAUUUUGAAAUUGACAUUUGUCAUUAACUAUUUCGUGUAUUCCUUAAUCCUAAUCGGCAGGGAAAGAUUCUAUUGACAAUGACAACUACUCAAGCAUCUUCUCUAUUGUUUAAUUUUGUUACUACGAUGUUAUUAACUACUACGAAAGUAGUUUUAUGCAAGGAAUGAAUAUAC